GUGCGCUACAUGACUGUAUCUAGUCCUUCCGUACGACUGAAGUUUUGUGCAAUGGAAAUAUUAACUGUAAGUCAAGAGACUUUCAUACUCCGGGAAGGAAAAUAUGUUCAUGCACUCCGCACACUGGCAAACCUACGAGGCCAUGUUCGGAACAACACGGAGAAGUACGGAAUCUACGACGGCGUUUACCUCGUAACCGGGCUUGACAUGGGCGAGCGCACCUAUUACGGCUGGAAUGGCAACCUUUUGGGCUAUGCAUACAUAGGCGGCAUAUGCACCUGGCAGAAAGUUGGUUAUGGAGAAGACACAGUAGGAACAUUCAGAGGCAUCCGGAUAGUGGCACACGAAAUCGGACACCUGCUCGGCUGUCCGCAUGAUGGAACCACAAGUGGCUCGUAUACUUCAGCAAGCUGCCCCUGGAAUGACGGUUACAUCAUGAGUUACAUGGAAAUUGACAGCAAGAGCAUGAAGUUUUCAAGUUGUUGCAACUCAAUGAUUUCCUGGCAUGCAUGGUCUCGAUCUGGUGCCUGCCUUCUAACUGCGAGUGCGAAGCGGAAAAUAAAGAAGAUAUAUUUCACAAAGCUAUUCGCUGGAGACAUAAUGACCAGAGACCAGAUCUGCAGGAUAUCAUUUCCGAAUAUACCCGAAACCCGUUUUAUCAAAGAUUACAACGGCUUUGAGAACUGCAUGGCAAGGUGCUUCAUGCCUAAAUCCGUUUACGGAUACGAAACAUUCAUGCCCAUUUUUCUGCCGGACAAUGCUCCAUGCACAGAAAACAACGGGACAAUCUGCAGAAAUGGCGACUGCAUCACACAAAAGCUGAAGCACAGACAAUACAGACCCUACAAAUGAAGUCGGUAAUAAAUAAUAACAUUACCA